CAGGCCGAGCACCUCUUCGCAAUAGAAAUAGUCGCACAACGACCUAACGCAGAUACAUCGCAGUAGGCAAUAGUACACGUGAGCAGAACCCUAUCAACCAUGACAAGCUUAUACCGUGUCAACUAUCAGUUGCGGCCCCAUCGACGAGACGAGUUGAUUGAGUUCAUCAAAUCGACACUGGUCUCAACUUUUGUGCUGCAGGGAGAUCGUAGUGUAUACGAGCGCACAUUUCAAACUAUAGAGGAUUUAAUGGAUGAGCAUCGUGCUCUUGCGGCUGUUGGAGAUGAAACGCCUUCGCGUUUGAAAGAAUUAAUCCCGACGAUUGGAUACUUCUUCACGGAGCUUAAGUUGGUUGAAGCCUUCAGACACUAUGACAGUCUCUACAGGGUCACGCUACGGAAGCACAUCCCCAUUUCAUUCAACGAUAUUCGGCAUAUUCUCAACAUCGCCCAGGCACACGCCAUCGCACCCAAUCUGAAGCUCAUCACAUUCGAUGGCGAUCAGACCUUGUACCCAGAUGGUGACAACUUCCGCGAAGGAGGGUUGGGGCGGAUCAUCUGCAAGUUGAUGGAGGCUGGUCUGUGUGUGGCUGUAGUGACCGCUGCAGGUUACGCCAAUUCGCCCGAGAAGUACGAGGCACGACUGGAUGGUCUACUGCAGAUGUUCCGUGAUCGCAAUUUGCCGCCUGAAGUGCUGAGCAAGUUCUAUGUGCUGGGAGGAGAGUGCAACUAUCUGUUCAAGACUGACAAAGAUGCACAUCUGUACACAGUGCCGGACGAGGAGUUUAAUCUGCCGCAGAUGAAGGAGUGGAAGCAGAACGAGAUAGACACAGUGCUGGAUAUGUCGCAGGCGUCACUGGUGGCCACGCUGAAGGAGCUGCAGCUGCCAGCCAUGGUCAUCCGCAAGACACGAGCCGUGGGCAUGAUCAGAGUGCAUCACAAGGCUUAUAUUUCGAGAGAGAAUUUAGAUGAAGCCGUGCUGCGGUGCAAAGCAGAGCUGGCGAAAACAAAUGUUUCGAUUCCGUAUUGCGCGUUCAACGGAGGAUCCGAUGCGUGGGUGGACAUUGGUAACAAAAGCCUGGGCGUCAAAGUCAUGCAGCGCGUGACUGGCGCAUGCGCCUCGACCACGCUGCACGUGGGCGACCAAUUCCUCAGUACAGGCAACGACUUCAUGGCACGCAGCGCAUGCACGACCGCAUGGAUCACCAGCCCCAGAGAAACGCGCGACAUACUCACCAUCCUUCUCAACUGCCUGGGCCACAACAUCACCAGGGACCUGCCGUGGCGAGGACCCUCCCGUAAGAUCAGUCUCAAUGUGAUCUGCGAUUCAGCCAAUGACGACGACGUUGUGCUGGUGGGCGAGAAGGAAGAACUAGGCAACUGGAACCCCAUGCAAGCACCCAAGUUCACUAGAGACCCCGACACCCCAGGACUGUUCACCUUCAUCGUACGACCCAAAUCUGGUGAAGAACUGCCCUACAAACUAGCACGCGUAAGCCCUGAAGGCAAGGUGGUCGCCUGGAUGCGCGACAAGGACCUGUAUCUGCUGCCGCAGCCCAUGGAGAAGACUGUGACUAUCCAUUGGCAAGAGAACGAGAAAGACGACGUGUGCGCUGACUCUGCGCAGGAGGAGAAUGCUGUCGUGCUCAAGAAAACCGAAUAAACGGACCAUACGCACUCAGUGGGGCCAUAGGCUGAUCUCUGAACACAAUGUGAAGUCACGGCUAGUGCAUUGUGUAUUGUGUUGCUAUUCAUUACAGAGUGUUCCAAUGCGAUGUCUCUCGGCUCGUUGUAUAUUGUUGUAACCUUCGUACCAUCGCUCUCUGUGCGGAAGCCGUUUCAAACACAUCAUAAAGAAAGUAAC